AGCAUCUUAAAAAGGUUGAUUGAUAUUAUCUGAUAAUAGUGUGAUAUCUAUGGUAAUUCUCUUCCGAGUGGAGGUAUAAAUAUCGAUAUGUUUUUAUCUUUUUAUUCCACUUGGCUUCAAUUUGUUCUUAUUUAUUUGCGAUUCCCAGUUAGCUUGAGACUACUGUGCUAUUAAUUGCUGCUCUUUCUUUCCUUUUUGAAUUGAUUUCUUGACAAAUGUCUGAUAUUGAUAGCUUUACAAGGCCAAUUGGCACCAAUGAAAGUUUUUGGGUUGCUUUUAAUAACUGCAAACUUCAAAGAAACUUAAACUUGUCGCUCAAGUUAAAUGAGAAACUCGAUUCAAGAUAUUUAAUCUAUAGGAUUAUCCAAGAUUUGGUUUUUGAAAAUUCUUAUUUAGCCUUGAAGGUAUCGCAAAAAUCUUCAGAUAUAAUAGAGGAUGAUUUAUUUUUCUUCAAACCCUUUGAUACCAUUAAAUUUGAUGAUGUUGUUAAAUUUAUUGAUAAUGAUAACUGGACCGAUAUCAAUGAUGAUUUGCUAUCUUAUUUAGAUUUGAACUUUCAGUUUCAUCAAGCCUACCUGAAAUCUACCCCGGUUUGGAAAGUGUUGGUUAUAAACUCAGAUAUUAUUUGCUUUGUUUGUGAUCAUUUAUUAGAUGGUAUUUCCACUUUGAAUUUCUUUACUCAAUUUUUAAGUCGUUUGAAUUCGUAUCAUGACCAAAUCCUCCAGGGUCAAUUCACUUUACAAGACGAUUCCAAGAUUCCACAAAAUAUUUUUGAAUUUAAUAGAGAUUUCAAACAAUUAGCUAAAAUUCCAAAAUCAUUAGACCAAAUUGUCAACAUUGAACCUCCAGCUGGAUAUAAAAGUUCAAUGACUCCCCCAUCAAAUCAUCAAAUCUUUAAAUUCAACAACGUUCUAAAUAACUAUGAGUAUAAAUCAUAUAUUAAAUUACUUCGUUUAACUUCGGCUCAAUCCAGAAACUUAAACUCGACCUUAAAAUCAAAAAAACUUAAAAUGGCUUCUUUUAUUCAAGUCGCUUUCUUAAUUGCAAUCUCAUCUUAUCUAAUUGAGAACACAGACGAAAAUCUACAAAAGAAUUUAUUAUAUGAUUUUGCCAUUCCACUAAACCUCAGACCCUAUGCAUCAGAUUCCAAAAAUUGGAAACCGGAAAUCUCUCAACCUGAAAAUGUCUUGUAUGGUUGUUAUGUUUCUUUAGUUCAAUUUGUCUUGAAAUUCAAUGAUUAUCAUAACUUAAAAGACUCGCUUUGGGAUUUUGUUUCUUUUAUCGAUAAAUUACGCUCUCAAAUCAUCAAUGAUCAGUUCUUAAAUAGUAUUUAUAAUAUUGGCUGGAGAAAAUCAAAUGACAUAAAAACAAGUUUCUUGGAAAAAAUCCUAUCUUCAUCAAUUGGAAAGCCCAGAACUCACUCUGUUAGAUUAUCAAACCUAGGCUUCUAUAAAAUGAACACAAAUCCUGAUUCUUAUUAUAAAAUUAUUGAUCUCGUUAACAGCGCAAACAUCAGUGCAAAUUCGGAUACAUCUCUAAUCAACACAAUAUCAACAGAAAAUGGCAUGAACAUGAGUGUUCACUUCCUUGCUGGCUUAUUAAACACUGACCCAACAGAAGAUAAAAAAGAAUUUGAUAUAAUUAUUCUGAAGUUUUAUUAUAUUAUUCUUAAUCUCAACCUUGAUUAUGACUAAUAACAAAACCUGGCUUUUUCUACCAGUUUUAUGGAUGAUCCUGCUUUAUUUGUGUAAUUUUUUUUUUUUUUCAUUUAUACUAACAGUGGUUGUAUUACUACCACUUUCUCUCUUUUAUAUAAUGCUAUCCAGUAAAUAAUCU